CCCAAGCGCCUUCUGAGUUCUCCACCUGUCUGUGAAAAAUGUCCAAGGAAGUGAGCGAGGAGGGACGACCCCACCACCAUGGGAAGGACUACACCGACCCACCGCCAGCUCCCCUCAUCGACUUCGACGAGCUCAGGCGGUGGUCCUUCUACAGGGCCCUCAUCGCCGAGUUCGUCGCCACCCUACUCUUCCUCUACAUCACCGUAGCCACCGUCAUCGGCUACAAGAACUCACCCGGAGACUGCGGCGGCGUUGGCCUUCUUGGCGUUGCCUGGGCCUUCGGCGGCAUGAUCUUCGUACUUGUCUACUGCACCGCCGGAAUCUCUGGUGGUCAUAUUAACCCAGCUGUGACUUUUGGCCUUUUCUUGGCCCGCAAGGUCUCGCUUAUUAGAGCCGUGGCUUACAUGGUGGCCCAGUGCUUGGGAGCUAUCGUCGGCGUUGGGCUGGUCAAGGCCUUCCAGAAGCACAAGUACAACUCCGUCGGCGGCGGCGCCAACUCUGUGGCUAGUGGGUAUAGCAAGGGCACAGCUCUGGGAGCUGAGAUCAUCGGCACCUUCGUCCUCGUCUACACCGUCUUCUCGGCCACCGAUCCCAAGAGGAGCGCACGCGACUCCCACGUGCCUGUUUUGGCUCCACUGCCUAUCGGGUUUGCUGUGUUUAUUGUGCACCUCGCAACAAUCCCCAUUACCGGAACUGGAAUCAACCCAGCAAGGAGCUUCGGCGCUGCUGUGAUCUACAACAACGAUAAAAUCUGGGAUGAACACUGGAUCUUCUGGGUCGGACCAUUUGUGGGAGCACUGGCUGCGGCGGCGUACCACCAAUACAUUCUGAGGGCGGCGGCAAUCAAGGCGUUGGGAUCCUUCCGCAGCAACCCAACCAACUAAAACAAAGAUUGAAGAAAAGAAAGGGGCUAUAUUAGUGUUCUGUUGAUAUUUUGUUCUCAGUUUGUUAGUGUGUAUUGAGAGGAUGGAUGAUGAUCUUUUUAUUUUUUGGUAGAGUGGAUGAUGAUCUUUCAAUCUUUCUGGUUUCUCUAUUUAUAAUUUAGUUACUUAACUUUAAUUAGCUAGAUGUGGAUGAUGUUCGUUAAUUAUUGUUUAUGAGUAGUGCUGUUUUCUUUC